CUAGCCCCAUCAUCCCCUUCUCGGUUCUCACAUUGGAGUCGUUGGUCCAACCCGAACGCACCCCCUAAUUGGCCUUCAAACAGGGGAUAUUUUCAUCUUCGCCGUCUAGUUAGGUCUGUACUCAGCCUAUCUGUUUGCUCUCCGGAAUCAGCUAUACUCAGAACUGGGAUUUAGAUUCGUUAUUUUAUUGGUUGACGAUCUCUGGAGCAUGCCUUCUCGCCGACACUUCGCCGUUGUUUCUUCCUGUGCACGUUUGGCUUGACCAUUACAGAACCCUUACCUCCAAGCUUUGUCGGCCAUGUCAAGAUUAUUGGCAAUUGGUAAUAAUAUAAUAAGAGUUGCAAAGGCGCUACAGAAAAGUCGGUCUAGCCUCAAUCAAGGAGAAAAGGAAUAUGGAAUCCUUAUUAUGGAUGGGAGACAUUAUCCUCUCUAUAGAUUUUAUCAGCAAUGUACACAUUCAGCUAGAGGAUAUAACUCAUUCACGGCAUACAACAUUAAAAAUGGUCUGUCCAACAAUCUAAAAAAAAUUGAGUCCAAUUCUGCAAAUAAUACUGGUGUACUUAAGGGGUGGACGUCUCUUCCCAUAAGUAAAAUUUCUCAAGCAGUUAGCUUGGCCUUAAACCGCUCAUAUGUGACUGUUCCCGGACUUUUUUCCAUUUUAUAUGGAGGGCGUGUUGCAUGGGCACGAGCACCACCUGACAUGGAUUUCAUCCACCCAAGAAAUACACUUUAUAUGCAUGCUCAAGAUGGCCAUGCUUUCUUUACAGGGUUGGUUCAUUCAAUAUUUGAAGGUUUUGUUUUAUUGUUUAGAGGGAUUUAUUUGACAAUACUCUUCGCACCAAGCAUAACAAUGGCUCCUUUUGCCGAUGCUCUUGGACCCCGCUUCCGCAAAAUGUGGCUUGAGGUUGUUCAUCGAACACUUGAAAGAGCAGGGCCCGCUUUUAUAAAGUGGGGCCAGUGGGCAGCUACUCGCCCAGACCUGUUCUCUAGUGAUUUAUGUACUCAGCUGUCAAAGCUUCAUACCAAGGCCCCUGAGCAUUCCUUUUCAUAUACGAAAAAAACAAUUGAGAAAGCUUUCGGCCGUAAGAUUUCAGAAAUUUUUGAUGAUUUUGAGGAAACUCCUGUUGCAUCUGGGAGUAUAGCUCAGGUGCAUCGAGCUUCUCUGAAAUAUAGAUAUCAUGGUAGGGAGAACAAACCCAUUGAUGUGGCCGUUAAGGUUAGACAUCCCGGAGUCGGUGAAUCUAUUAGAAGAGACUUUGAAAUCAUUAAUAUGUUUGCUAAAAUGUCAAAGGCCAUUCCUGCUCUGAAAUGGCUGAGGUUGGAUGAGAGUGUCCAGCAAUUUGCAGUUUUUAUGAUGUCCCAAGUAGAUCUUGCAAGGGAAGCUUCUCAUUUGAGUCGUUUCAUUUAUAAUUUUCGGAGAUGGAAGGAUGUAUCUUUUCCUAAGCCUGUGUACCCACUCGUGCACCCUGCAGUAUUAGUAGAAACUUUUGAGCAAGGGGAAUGUGUGUCACACUAUGUUGAUGGGAUGCAGGGGAAUGAACGCCUUAAGAGUGCUCUUGCUCACAUUGGUACCCAUGCACUUCUCAAAAUGCUUCUGGUAGACAACUUUAUGCAUGCUGAUAUGCAUCCUGGGAAUAUUCUAGUAAGGGUACCUCAGAGCAAGUCAUCACGCAGACGUAUCUCUAAAACAAAGCCACAUGUCAUUUUUCUUGAUGUCGGCAUGACUGCUGAACUGUCAAAAAAUGACAGGGGAAAUUUACUUGAUUUUUUUAAGGCCGUCGCUUCCAGAGAUGGCCGCUCAGCAGCUGAAGCCACUUUGAGAUUAUCGAAGAACCAGAAUUGCCCCAAUCCAGAAGCCUUCAUUAAGGAAGUCAAAGAGUCAUUUGAUUUUUGGGGGACUGCAGAAGGCGAUUUAGUCCACCCUGCCGACUGCAUGCAUCAUCUGCUUGAACAAGUUAGGCGUCACCAAGUAAACAUUGAUGGAAAUGUGUGUGCUGCGAUGGUAACGACUUUAGUCCUGGAGGGUUGGCAACGGAAACUUGACCCAGAUUAUGACAUAAUGAGAACACUGCAGACAUUGCUGCUCAAAGCUGACUGGGCAAAAUCAUUAGCCUACACAAUUGAAGGAAUUAUGGCUCCAUAAGUAUCUCUUCCGUCCACUAACAACUGUACGAGGAAAAGUUUGCCUUGCAUUUAACAUUCUGGUUCAUAAAAAGGAUGUCACGCUGGCAGCCCUGGCUGUCUUAUAUAUAACUUUGUGGCAAAAUUUUGUUAGGAAAAGUUUUACUUGUAUGUAGCAUUUUAGUCCACAGCUUGUCAGUCUGGUUGAGACUUGAGAGCGAUAAUCAGAAAUCCACGAAAGUGCAAUUUUUUAUUUUCUUAACUAUAGUUGACACUCUAAAGUAUCCUCACCAUCCGUCAUCCGAUAAAUUUUUAUUUCUUUUUUUGUCUUUUGCAUUUUUUUCAACUUUUUAUUUUAUUUUAACUAUUGUCUUUUGAUUUGCAAGGUAAAAGCUAUUUGUAAAUUGUAAUGACGUUCUUUCAAUAGAUUUAUGUGCACAUGAUAUGCUUUGAAAGGUAAA